CAAAUCUGUUGACGUAUCUCGGCGUUAUUUCUUUUAAUCAAUGGUUUUCGAUUAAUCCGUAGGAGCACCUCACAAUGCCAGCAAAGCCUAGAACCACUUGCGGUUGGUUAUUGUCGUUCCCAAAAGGACGUCCAGCUCUCCAAAUCGCAAGCGGACAUAAGGUUUUUUUAUGUACCAUACACGUGUACCCCGUCCAUCUACGAUCAGGCUACUACAAUUUCGUGAGCAAGAGCUGCUAAGGUCUGUGGAGGGUGUUGAAAAUUCAAGAGCCUGCGACCUAUCAUGUCCCAGACAUGUUAAAUUGAAGAUAGAUCAGGCGAUCAUAGUGGCCAAGGGUUCCGUGUAUUUGAGGCCAGCAAUGUACCGCAAGCAACGUCUUUGUGAUCCAAAAACUUUUGACGAAUGGGCCGAGUGACCCCAGUUUAACAAUGCGUAUGAAAUUCUUGAUUGAAAGUAGGAACAAUAUGUUAGAAGAAGAACUGACUGAGAGACAUUUUAUUUCAAGUUCCUUAUCAAAUAUAUAUAUUUUGCUAGUGCAUCGAGAACAUGGAUUACGUGAGUUUCCCACGACAAGUGUUCAUCAAGGUAGACUCCUAGUAACUUCACGGACUUUAGUGUAUUAGUGUCGUGCUGCCUGAAGCUAAGAAUAAUCAUCUGAGACUUGGCUUCAUUGAUGGUCAACUUAUUAGCGGUUAACCAGUAUGC